AUGUGGCUUUACAAUAUCGCCGCUCUCUCGAUUUCAUUCUCAUGUCUUCUGAUAAUUCUUCAAAUUCUUUAUUUUCCAUAUAUAAUUUCACGAGCUGAAUCAGCUCAUAGUUUGGUUAUGAGCAAAGUAGACGCAUUUAAGAAUCUAGAAUCUGGGAUCAUUCGUGAAUUGUCUGACUACGCCUUCUUGCACGUCGCUAGAAAACGCGAGAUUGUCAUUUGUGAGCCCGGAUAUCCGGGUCUUCCGGGUGCAAACGGGCGAGAUGGACAACCCGGAAUAGACGGUAAAAAUGGAAUUCGCGGAUUGGAUGCGCGUGAUAUAAUGGAGGAGAUUCAAGCGAAUCAAGAUUGUAUCACAUGCCCACAGGGAGAACGUGGUCCAACUGGAGCACCAGGAGAUCGAGGAGAAACUGGAGACAAAGGAGAUAAAGGAAUUGCUGGAAUUCCGGGACAAGAUGGUUUGGAUGGAGAACAAGGAGAAGAGGGACCAGUUGGACCAUCAGGACCACCUGGCAGAAGAGGAAGAAAGGGAGCAGACGGGAAAUCUGCAAUGGGUGGAUUUGGAGAACCUGGACCGAAAGGAGUUCCAGGAGCAAAGGGAGGACCUGGAUUGCAGGGACCACGUGGAAAACGCAAUUACAUCUAUGGUCCACCUGGUCCAAUGGGUCAGCCAGGUCCAUCUGGUCUUGACGGAGUAUCUGGAAAUCCUGGCGAACGGGGACCAAAAGGACCUCCAGGAGAUAGAGGAGCUGAUAUUAAGUUCUGUCCGUGCCCAUUGGAAUUGGAGUUACUAAAAGUUAAACAUUCGAAAUCCGUUCGUCCAUCACCACCAUCUCCUCCGUUCUCAACAAUGCCACCAACAACAACCACACCAGAACCCACAACAACUUCUGAACAAACAACUAGAUCAACAACUGAAAUGGUUCCUGAGGUGUUGAAAGAAGAAGAAGAUGCUCCAGAAGAUAUCACAGUCACAACUACAAUGGAGACGAUCACCUUCUCUUCUCAAGAUGAAAAAGAAAGUAUAUUUGGAAGUGCUCCAGGUACUAGAAGCGAGGGAGUUAUCGAAGAGGAAACAUUCAGCGUGGACGACGAUGAAAGGCAAACGGUUGGAUUACCAAAGGAAUAUGAAAAUGAAGAACCACGGGGUCCAAUUAUCACCGAAGAAGAAGACGAAUAUGCUGACGAAACCACAACUACGCGCCGAUUCCGUUAUGUCACCAAACGCCCAAUUCGGUUUGAAUAA